AUGCCGGAGACGCGGACGCAGCAGACGCUGCAGCUCGGCCAGCGCAGCGCCUGUUUACACCCCUCCGCAGGAGGACGCCGACUGGCCCGUCACGUGAUGCAUACGUCACGUGCUCGCCCGGGGUGGGGCGGAGGCGUUGCCCAGCGACGACGGCGCUCUGGGGGCGGGCGACUGCGGCGACGACACGGUUCCUCAGCGCUCCCCCCUCACCUGCGUCUGUACAGAGUCGACAAACGACGCCCCCUGAUCGACUCGGAUAGGAAAAGGAAAGUCUCCCACCACCCGGCUUCAUCGUUUGGUGACCUCUAG